AUGGGAAGGGGUAGGGUUCAACUGAAGAGGAUAGAGAACAAGAUCAAUAGGCAAGUUACUUUCUCAAAGAGAAGGUCUGGUUUGCUCAAGAAAGCUCAUGAGAUCUCUGUUCUCUGCGAUGCUGAGGUUGCUCUUAUCGUCUUCUCUUCCAAAGGCAAACUCUUCGAAUAUUCCACCGACUCUUGGAAUUUUAUGGGGGAAGAUCUUGACUCAUUGAGUUUAAAGGAGCUUCAAAGCUUGGAGCAUCAGCUCGAUGCUGCUAUCAAGAGCAUUAGGUCAAGAAAGAACCAAGCUAUGUUCGAAUCCAUAUCUGCGCUUCAGAAGAAGGAUAAGGCCUUGCAAGAUCACAAUAAUACGCUUCUCAAAAAGAUUAAGGAGAGGGAGAAGAAAACGGAUCAGCAAGAAGGACAACUAGUCCAGUGCUCCAACUCUUCUACACUUCUUCAGCCCCAAUACUGCGUAACCUCCUCCAGAGAUGGCUUUGUGGGGAGAGUUGGGGGAGAGAACGGCAGUGCAUCGUCGUUGACGGAACCAAACUCUCUUCUUCCAGCUUGGAUGUUACGUCCUACUACGAAUGAGUAG